AUGGCUGCUUUUGAGCGCAAGCAUGUUUCUAAAUUGGUCACAUCCGACCUCCGGGUGUUGUCUCCCCUGCUCUUAGGAGUGGCUAUUGUCAAUUCAGCGACCCUCGGCUAUGACGCGUCUGUUAUGAACGGCCUUCUGAUUCUUCCGUCGUACUCGGAAUAUUUCCAUCUCACCACGGCAACCGAAGGACUCAACAAUGCUGCGUCUUGGAUGGGCGGCAUCGUUGGUGCGUUUCUAAUGCAGCCCAUCCCGGACUACUUUGGCCGCCGACGUGCCAUCCUCGUAGCAUCUGUCAUCACGGCAGUAGGCAUCAUCCUCCAGGCUGCAGCCCAGAACAUCGCCAUGUUCAUCAUUGCACGAUUUAUCGUCGGUAUGGGCUCCGCUAUAAGCAACGGCGCGGCUCCAACCCUGCUCGGAGAAUUGCUCCCAGCGCACAAGCGUGGUCGAGUGCUUGGCUUGUUUUUCUCGUGUUUCUACGUCGGCAGUCUCGCGUCGGCCAUCGUCAACUACGGAAGCCAGAACAUUGAAAGCACUUGGUCGUGGCGGUUGCCCUCGCUGCUACAGUUUGUGCCAAGUCUUCUCGCUGUAGCCCUUGUACCGUUUGUUCCGGAAUCCCCCCGCUGGCUCAUCGCCAACCGACGAGAUGAUGAAGCGCACGAGGUCCUCGUCAUCAUGCAAGGGAAGGGGAUGGAAAAUGUCGAGCAGGGCUGGGAGUCGUUGCGCGAGAUCAAGACAGUCAUGAUGCGAGAGGAGCAAGAGUACCCUCGAAACCCAUGGAGAGAGAUUAUCGCCACUCCAGCCAACCGAAAGAGGUUGGCUAUUCUCUGUACCUUUGGUCCCAUGAUCAACAUGUUCGGAAACUUCAUCAUCUCAUUUUACCUCACCAAGAUUCUCGACCAAGCUGGCAUCACAGACACAGUCAAGCAGACCCAGAUCCAAGUCAUCAUCAACUGCUGGUCCUUUGCCGUCGCUGUUUUAGGAAGCUUCAUGGUUGAUAUCCUCGGUCGUCGGAUACAGACUUUCAUCGGCAUUUCAGGCAUGGUUGUUACUCUAUACAUCAUCGGUGGCUUGAUCAAGCAUUAUGGUGAGAGCACGAAUCAAAGCGGAAUUUAUGGCACCAUCGCGGUCAUCUUCCUCUUCCAGGGCUUCUAUGCAUUUUCAAUCACGCCAAUGACGAGCUUAUACCCUACAGAGGUCUCUCAGUACAAACUUCGAGCCACUGGCAUCGCAAUCUUCCGCAUGCUUGAUUCUGGAUUUGGUCUAUUGGCAUCCUUCUGCAUGGCCUACGCAAUGGCAGACCUGGGCUGGAAGUUCUAUUUCAUCAACGCGUCAUGGAACCUCGUUUUCCUAAUAAUCGCAUACUUCAUCUUUGUUGAGACCAAGGGGUUGAGCCUCGAGGAGAUUUCUGCCAAGUUUGAAGGUCCGGGGAUCUUGGAGGCGGUGACAGAAGACUCUGCGUCCCAGGAAGUGGAAUCUGAGAAGGUCGUUGGAAAGGUUGAUGCAAAGGCUGUAGUCUGA